AUGGCGACAAAGGAGAUUGAGCUCCUGCAGGCAAAGCCCCGGGAACAAUUGCUGCACCCCUGCGACGUCAUACAACGCAGCACCUUCGGCAAGGAAAACGCUGAGCGCCUCCACCGCAUUCGCACAACGCUAGGCUGGGGCGCCGCUGCGGAGACGGCGUUGACAGAGACGACACUGCUCUCAAGCCGUCGCCUCGGUGCGCUUCCCAACAGCUUCGCACUGUACCACCACUACCGAGGGACUGUGGCGGAGUUGACGCCGAUGGAUAUCUACGGCCAGUCAGAGGACAACCCGACUGUGCAACCGUCAUCGCGCGCGCUUGUGGAGAAGGCAGUCUAUGGACAUGAGCUGACGAUGAAGAACUUGGGGAUGUAG